AUGGCGGACAGCAAGCAGAGCUCGUUCAGCUAUGCAUUAAGCUCCAACGCGGCCUGGGCUAGUUACAAGGCGCACCAAAACCCGAGCUUCUUUCCCAACUUGGCCAGUGGACAGUCGCCAAAGUUUCUCUGGCUAGGCUGCUCCGACUCGCGGUGUCCCGAGACAACCAUCCUCGGCCUGCAACCCGGCGACGUCUUUGUCCACCGCAACAUCGCCAACAUCAUCUCGCCGACCGACAUCAAUACCUCCGCCGUCAUUGAGUACGCCGUCGUCCACCUCAAAGUGAAAUACAUUGUCCUGUGCGGCCACUCGAGCUGCGGCGGCUCCGUUGCCGCGCUCAGCGACUCCCGUGUCGGUGGCGUGCUCGACACGUGGCUGACGCCGCUCAAAGCACUGCGUGCGGCCCACUCCGAGGAGCUGGCGGCCAUCCGCGACGACAAGGUCCGCGCCGUGCGCAUGGCCGAGCUCAACGUCGAGGCCGGGGUCAAGGUGCUGCUGGCCAACGUCGUCAUCCAGGAGGCCAUCAAGGAGCGCGGGCUCGAGGUCCACGGCUGCCUGUUCGAUCUGCCCAGCGGCCGCGUGCGGGACCUGGGCUACGGCACCGGCAAGAGCGCCGGCAUCUUUGGCGGCGAAGAGGUGGUGCGUGGCAACCACGGCGUGCUCGUCUUCCGUGCCGGCAACGCCUCCAUGGCCAUCCGAUGA